GCUCGAAGAGAAUUGAUAAGUAGAAAAUGCAGUGCAGAAGCUGAGCUUCAUUACUAUGCCCUUGUACCACCUUCCUUUUUUAUUCAUGCUGCCCAGUGCUUCAAAUAGGAUAUUUGCAGAAAAGUCCCUUAAAGCCCUUAAUAAAUGGACUCACAUUAAUUUCUUGAGAGUUGUCUUUACCACGGAAUCAGCAAUGAAAACGUUCAAGCCAUCUUCUUUCAAUGCCAGCUGGAUGUCAUUGAAAAAUAUGCAAUAGCAGUCUCUAUUUAGUCUUGUUCCGAAAGACCAAUCCUCAUAGAUAAGUCAAACUGAAGAUGUAUAUUUCUAUUUUCUUUUCUUUUCUUCGCAAAGACAAUAUCAAGCUAAGGAAAAAAUACAUAUAUGCAUAUAACAGAUGAAAUUUUUUCCAAUAAAGUGUAGUAUAUAUGAUACCUUUUUCUUCACAUGCUCAUAACAGAUAAAAAACUGCUUGUUCAUUCUAAUUUCAUUUCCAAAAGGCGAUUGUUUUUGCAAGUAUAUAUAUAGGUUUUGAAAAGGCCAUAGCUUUAAGCAUUUGAAAAGGAGAAACGGGAAGAAGAAAUAAGUAUAUUAAUCCUAAGUAUUUUAUCAGUUGACAACACUUCAUAUUUAUUUACUGCAUUUUUAAGGGAUAUGCAUAUAACGAAUCAGUUCCUUUCAUCGAAAAAUAAAUUUGAUUCUAUAAGUAAUGCAACCCUCCCCCUAUCCUGCCUCUCAAGAUAGAUAAUUUUUAUCAAAAAAUUUACACACAACUGGAGUAUAGUACUUGUUCAUACACAUUUA